AUGUCUGAGACAACUUACCACUUCAAUGAAGAAGGCCGUAAGGAGGGAAAAAAGUGCAUACGGGACUUGCCAGAAGUUGCCGGGGCACUCAUCGUGUUAGCUAUCUUCCUGUUUCUUGUUGUACACGGAAUAGUGGAGCGCGACAGGGACAGAAACCACACGGACAACAUCAACAGUAGCACCUAUUAUAAUGAGCCGCUGUUCAUCGUUGGGUACUCCUGCAAAAACGGAUGCAAUUGGUCCACACCUUAUAUCCAGUUUGGCUCCUACGACUCGAGAAAGUUGAGCCCUACCAAUACCAGCUCAACUUUUGUGAAUGUCGAUGGAAGUCUCGGCCCUAAAGACUAUCCUCGUCUAGGAUCUUUAGAUUUUGAUUAUGAAGAUUAUGAAGAAGAUCGCAUUAUGACGGAAAGUGAGAAUGAUAACGUGAUUGAUACGACUGACAACUCUUCUAGUUUAAAUGCGACUUCUGCAGAAAAUGCCAACGAGAAUGUACUCCGCCCUGUGGAUAUCAUUGGACCCACUAACAAAAACGUAACAGCGAGUCAUACCAUCCCUGAAAAUCAGAACGAUUCCACCUUCAUAUUAAAAGACGAAAGUGACAAAACCAUCGAGAGCUUUGACAAGGACACUCUCUAAAUGUCCCUUCGAGAAAUCUGCCUCUGCUAAA